AUGCCAUAUUUUAUUUUUAUGAAAAUUGACGACAUAAAUACUAAGAAACCGCUAAUUUAUUGGCUAUUUUAUAAUCUCUUGUUUGUGACAAACAUUAACGUUUCUAUAUGCAAAUUCUAUAUACAAAUUGAAAAAAUCGGUAAUAACAAAUACUUCGAAUCUUUAGCGAUUGACAAGACAAACAUUUAUAUUCAUAUAAUGUUUGAUAAUGAUAUAUAUGUUUUGGAAAAAAAGUAUGCACUUCUCGAAAGCGUAGAUGCAUACAAAUACAUCCGAAAGAUAAAAAUGUAUUCCCAAAUUAAUAAUUUUCAUUCUUUCGAUAAAUCUUUGCAAUCGUAUCCUCCGACGAGAUGUCUGACACCUGACAAAAAAGUUUACAACGUAGAUAUAUUGACGGUAACGAUGAACAGCAUUAUUGUAAAUUUUCCGGAACCGGACCCCAAGUGUGGAUGCAACAACUUACCUACUAAUCUAUAUACCAUCAAUAUCAUAAGCUAUUGUUUGGACAAUGAGCUUAACAAGUUCGAUAAUUUCACCGUGCAGACGAACAAACGAUAUUAUGAAAUUCAGAAUUUAACAUUGUUUACAGAGUACAAGUUACUGCUAGUAAUAAGCAAUUUUUAUUUCGAUCAAUUAUCGAUGGACCCGUUCGGCUUGGAAGUGAUACUGAGAACUAAACCGAGCAAAUUCGAUGCACCGAAAAAUGUGACAGUUCAGGCUCUGACGCCUACUAAAGCGGCAAUGUAUUGGAUGCCACCCAAAAAAGUGAACUGCAACUCUGUGAUCUACGAAGUAUACUGGAUAUUAAUUAUUUUGGUAAACAAUACGCGACAAAUAUAUGAGUCGAAUGAACUUAUCAAUAAAACCGAAUAUAAGAUAGACAACAAAUUUUUCAUGAUGAUUGAACCGUUGAUACCAAAACAAAAGUAUUGGGUAUAUGUACGCAUGCAUCCAGUCAACUACAGCAAACUUUAUACUGACAGUUUGAACAAAACCUUGUACAUGUAUUCGGAACCAAACAAUUUAACUUUGACUAAAGUUAGUAUAAACGGCAUGAAUAUCUCGUGGAUUCCUAGCGUUAAUUUGACAAUUAAUUACGAAUUGGAAUACAAAAAUAUUGAGAUGCAGAAAUGGCAAAUUGCAAACAACUCUGAGCCAAAUAACGGGGGGAAAGUAACGUACUAUAUAAAAAAUUUACUACCAGGAACUCUAUACGAGUUUCGUUUGAUACUAAAAUAUCCAAAGUAUGAGAAAAAUUUUACAUGGCCGUCUGACGGAAGGUUUACUUUUACAACAUUGACAAGUGAUAUUUCGAGCACUCCUGGAAUAUCGGUUAUGCAAUAUUACAUAUCAUUCACCGUUAGCUUUGUCGCUAUAGUUACUGUAAUCUGCGUCUGCUACUUUUACUACUUGUACCGACAACGCAAAGAAAGUAACGAGCAAAUUUUGCCUCCCGUAAUUACCGACAUCGAAUUAGCAAUUCUACAUGAGAUAUCGAAUUUUUGGAUAAUUUUUUCAAUGUUAUUGUUCAAUGCUAAUUAAACUAUAUAUUUUUUAAUGAAAAAUAAAUUUAAGUUUAUUUUAAAUAUUUUGCAGGUGUUUCGAGGAACAGUAAAGAAUUUAGAAGGACCGGGCAUAGAGAUAUCCGCUGCCAUAAAAAUGCUUCGAAAAAAUGCUUCCUCGCAAGAGAAAAAGAAGUUUUUAGAAGAGGCUAGACUUAUGAAUCACUUUCGACAUAAACAUGUGCUAAGAUUGCUGGCCGUCUGCAUAGACGAAUAUUCUCCAUUAAUUGUGUUGGAAUUAAUGGAAAUUGGUGAUCUGCUACAAUAUUUGAGAGACAGUCGAAAAUUACAACCCUCAGAUUCGCACAUUCUGCGUCUGCAAGAUUUGUUUCCUAUGUGCGAAGAUGUUGCACGAGGCUGUUGCUACUUGGAAAAUCUGCGUUUCGUUCAUAGAGAUCUCGCUUGUCGAAAUUGCUUAGUAUCCGCCAGAGAUCGCGAAAACCGUGUCAUUAAAAUUGGCGAUUUUGGACUAGCUAGAGAUGUUUACAAAGAUGACUAUUAUCGCGUGAAAGCACAAGGUCGGCUUCCUGUUUGCUGGAUGGCACCGGAAUCUUUGUUGAUCGGAAUAUUUACUUCCCAGAGCGACGUUUGGUCAUUCGGAGUUCUAUUAUGGGAAAUUACAUCAUUGGGUGAGCAUCCUUACAUUGGCAGGACUAAUCUGGAAGUGAUAGAUUAUGUACGCGCUGGAGGUAGGUUGCCGACGUCUCUCAAUUGUCCACCGACUUUGUACGAGUUAAUGCUGCGUCUCUGGAGUCCAGCGAAUAAUAGACCAAACUUUAAACUUUGUCUCGAGAAUAUUAUAGCUCUAAGAAAUAACAUGGAAGAUACUUUACUGAGUCCAAUGGAUAUUAUCUAGCCAUAAAAUUAAAUUAAUUAAUGACAUUAUUUUCCAAAUGAUCCAAUGAAAAGCUCAAACGUAGGAAAAAUAACUUUAAAUAAUUAAUAUUCUGUCGUUUUCAAGUUUAAUCUUAAUAUUAGAUUUGUCGAUAAGAAUAAGAAAGAUAUUUUUCAAUCUUAUUUUGCGAGAAAUUUUGAUGAUUGAAAAUCACAACACUUGUUCUUACAAUUGUAAGCAAUGCGAUGCUGAUGCCAGGGGAAAGUGCCAGCACUUUCGAGUAACCGAAAACUUAAUAGUUCUGAAUCUAAUAAUUAUCGGUAGAUUGCUAAAGUAGUUUUAAAAAUAAUAUCUAUUUCAUUUUGUAUUAUUAUACUGUUUUAUAUUCCUAUAUUUUUUCUUACUUGAAUGCUUAAACAAAACAUACAUUUAUAUUUUUAAAAGUUCUCUGGGAUUUUUUUAUUCCCUUUCCUGUUCUUUCGCUCAAAAUAUGAAUGUACUACUGAAUUAAUUUCAAGAGUAGAAAUAUUUUAAAAAUAUGCAGUUUAAAAAAAGAUUAUCACAAGUCACUCUAAUUUAUCGUGAAGAAAAGAUCACUCUCUUAAACAAUAAACCACGACCAAAUUUCCAUUAAGCUCGAUCAGCGAUAAAUUCGACUAACAAUAAGAUAGAAUUGUCAAAAUCAUAUCGUUCCUAUCUCUCCUUUCUCAUAUCAAAAAA